AUGCAUGAAAAAUACGUCAUCGGACGUUACUCUGGAGGAACCUCGCACUUCCUGUCCGUUCCUGUGACGUCAUUACCCAGGCAGCUGUAUCAAUUAACAUCCUCCAUUGGUAGAUAUAUAAGCAAGGAACUUUGCUCAAAAUCUCAGUAUCACCACAAAAGUGAAAACAACGAUCACCUCAAGACAACGGAUUAUCAAAGACAAAGUGAACUUGUAAGUAGAGCAUAAUAUAUCUAUAUACUUCUUAAGUUACUUCUUGAAUUACGAUUACACGUACCACAUGACCAAGUUAAAAAUUUCGCGUUUUUCCAAUGUAAUUGUUUUUUGCCGAGCAAAAGCGGGUUCGGAAAAAUCGCGCACGCAUGGUUUUAAUUUUGAAAAUGUACACAAAUAUAAGUAUAAAAACUCAGACUAGCAUAUCAAAAUGUUGAUUUUGUGUUUCAAUGAAGGUUUUAAAAUUUCGGACAGUGCAUUUGACAAGAAUGCAACCGAAAAAACCUGAUGGGGCCAAUGCUAAAUACAAUUACCGCAAUCAACAGCGUUCUAUGCGCGAGAAAGCCCAAAAAUAUACCAUCUUGAAUUAAUAUCUACUGACAACGAUUAUUCUAUAUACUAUAUGAGCAUUUUCAAUCUUAGUACAACUCACUCACCACACCUAGAGUUGGUCCGUGUCCCGCGUGUACUCGCAAUAGUAUAUUUACUAUAAUAACCGCAGUAUUGGUAAAAUUGUCGCAUGGCCACCUUCGGCUAUAGGCGGAACAAUUCAGCCCAUGCAAUCGGCCUUAACUUUAUUCUGAUAAUUUUGAGAAUUCCACUAAUUAGGCUGAGAAUUGUUUCGCCUGGUAAGACAAGAGCAGAGAGUUUUACAAAUCGAGGCUAUAAAUUAAUGCACAUGCAUGCCAAUUUAGCGCUCUUAUAUAGACAGAAGUCAUUUAAAAGUUUGAUCAUUGUGAAGUGCGGUUUGAUCGAUAGAAACAAAAUAGAAAGUUGUAUGAUUUUAUAACGUUCAAGCAAUUAACUGAUUUCGCCAUAUAUAUCGACAGUAUAGUGUGCAUGCAAACUUGGACAUCAGGGCCGUAGAAAGCUCUUUUCGAUUGGGGGGGGGGGCUGAAAGCGAGGGCCGAAGGCCCGAGGAAAUUUUUAAAUUUAGAGUCUCUAAAAUGCCAUUUCCUGGGCUUUGGGGGAAGAUUUAACAGAAUUCUGAUAGUCAGAAAACAGCGUUUUAGUAUGUCGAAAUUUACAGGAAAGUAUGGGCCAGACUGUAGUAUUAUAAAUGCGCGGCGGGAAUUUUCGUCGUAAAUGGCAGUUGCGCGGAAAUGAAGGCAGAACAUUUGAGAAAAUUUCGAAAAUCUGGAGUCUCUAGAUGGUCUGAAAUGGCAUUUUCAGAGUUUUCUUUCGCAAGACCCAACACGCAAAAGACAAAAUAAAUCAUUAGUUCAUCAAAAAUGUGCAGAUUUUGUGGGAUUUUCUUGAAAAUGCGCGACAGAAAUUCAGCUAAAAUUUCUACGCGAGGAACGAUCUGGAGUAUGAGUAAUAUCUUCAUUCUUUGCAGUUUGUCACAGAUUAAAUGAUAAAGUUUGCAUGAUUUUGAAAAAAGAAUGAUUAUUAGCAAAUUAUUGGGGGGGGCUGCAGCCCCCCCCAGUUGCUACGGCCCUGGACAUAUAUCUCUAACUAUAGCUAUAGUCCUGCACGCACUGGAUUGAGCCAGCCAACUUGUCAAGUAAAGAGAUUUUCAUGAAUCAGCUGGCUGACUAUAUAUUUAUUAUAUAAAGUAUGGUGCUUUAUAGAAAAUUUCUUAAGACUGUCCUUUAUAUAAUAAACAGAAAAAUAUAUGGAAAUACCAGAUUUAUUUUGUCGUGUUGAACAUAUGAUAUCACACGGCUUACUCGUUCGCUGCGCUCAUCUUGAGAUAUCAUGUUCAACACUCGAAAUAAAUCCGGUAUUUCCGCGCACCCAUGUAUUAUUCUCUAUAUAAUCAUUUGUAAGUACGUGUAACCUAUGCGUUAUAUUCUAGGAGUUCUACAUUUUCAAGAUGAAAUCUUUAAUGAUCUUAAUCUUCGCCGUGGCUGCUUGCACCAUGGUCACAGGGAGUGUGUUCCAAGUCAGACUACGAGUUCUUCAAGAUGUAACCUCAGAGCGAGGCUCGACCAAUUUUAACUACCUGAGGUAUCUUAUUGUUGGCACCCAUCCACGCUACCCUUUGAAACGCAGCCUUGUACGUUUCCAACCUCUUCAAGUCCGUGCCUGUGACCAUAUAAGAAGUGCAACAAUGUACCUCUACUAUGCUUAUGCCCACAAAGCAAGUUUUAUGUCUGAGACACAGGUACCCAGAUUCCUAUACGUAGGAUUGUCGCCCAUCAAGUGUUGAAAUCUUGGGUCGAAUCGCAAGCCACCAGUACCAGACGCUACAAUGGUGCAAAUUGGGCCCAACCUUGGUUAAAUCUUGGAUCCGACGCAGUGGCAUCACCUACAAGUUACGGAGUUACCAUCAACCCAGGAGUUACCAGGGCUGGUUUUUACCCCAUCGACGUCACCAGUGCUGUAUGAAACUGGAAAUAUGGCCAACCAAAUUACGGUCUUCUUCUCCGAGCAACGAAUGAAUACCGCCAAGGAAGAGAUUUUCGUUUCUAUAGUAACGCUGAUCGUGUUUCAUCUCGUCAUCCUUACAUCUCAGUGAUAUGCCAGUCCAAUUCUUCUGGUGGUGGAAAUGGUGUACUUAAACCUCUAGGAGGGGGUGGUGUCGGCCCCGCCGUGUAGGAAACUUGGUGAUGUUUUACUAAAACGUUUUUUAAACUAGAAUCUUUUUGUAUUUCUAAAUACUCUCUAUUAAAUGUGUUUUCUAUAAUAAAGAUCAGUUGUUAAACC